GUUAACACAUAUAUUUCUCUCUACCCAAGGCCUCAGAAACUGCGCUGGCCCAGUUUCCAGGCCUCCCACCGGCCCAGUCACUCCUGGGCCCAGCGGCAGAUGGGCUGCCAGUCAGUACUGCAGAUGAACCUGCUCCAGAAGCUCUGCCUGCUCCAGCUUACAGCCCUCCUGGAGAAACACACCCCCACCAACAAACACGGCUUCAGCUGGGCUGUGCCGAAGUUUAUGAAGCGGAUCAAGGUGCGGGACUACAAAGACCGAAAUGUGUUUGGAGUACCUCUGCUGCUGAACGUCCAGCGUACGGGUCAGCCCCUGCCUCAGAGCAUUCAGCAGGCCAUGCGCUAUCUACGCAGCCAAUGUCUAGACCAGGUGGGUCUCUUCAGGAAGUCGGGGGUUAAAUCACGUAUUCAGGCGCUCCGUCAGAUGAACGAAACGUGCGGUGCCGACGGAGGCGGAGUCAGUUACGAGGGCCAAUCAGCUUACGACGUGGCCGACAUGCUGAAGCAGUAUUUCCGGGACCUUCCAGAGCCGCUACUCACCAGCAAACUGUCUGAGACCUUCCUGCAGAUCUAUCAAUACAUGCCCAAGGAGCUGCGUCUUCAGGCUACGCGAGCGGCCGUGCUGCUGCUGCCAGACGAGAGCCGCGAGGCGCUGCAGACCCUCCUGUGUCUGCUGAGUGACGUCACCGCCGCCGUGGCAGAGAACCAGAUGACCUGCGCCAACCUGGCCGUCUGCCUGGCGCCUUCGCUCUUCCACCUUAACACGCUGAGACGCAAGGAGAGCUCCUCGCCACGGGGGAUGAACAGGAAGCAGCCGCUGGGUAAACCUGACCAGAGGGACCUCAACGAGAACCUGGCCGCCACCACCGGCCUGGCACACAUGAUCCAGGAGUGCAGGAAGCUCUUCAGGAUCCCAGAAGAGAUGAGUCGCUGCAGAAAUUCUUACCAGGAGCAGGCCCUGACCCCCCUGAGGCUGGAGGAGCUCGGGGCUUCCUCUGGGGGGGACGGACCCAUGGGAUGCAGGACCUACCUCCAGGACAGCCUGGACGCCCUCCUCAAAGAGGCCAAGGACAAGUUCAAAGGUUAUGACAGCUGCUCCACGCCUGAACUCGCCGAGCUGGCGUACAAGAAGGUCCACGAUGGCUCGCCGCUGCGCCUGUGGAAGGCGUCCGUGGAAGUGCCUGCGGGUCCUGAGGAGGUGUUGACGCGAGUCCUCCGGGAGCAGGGCCGCUGGGACGAGGACCUGAUGGAGAGCCGUGUGGUGGAGACGCUAGGCGAUCGCACAGAGGUGUACCAGUACACCAGGAACACCAUGGCCCCCCACCCCACCAGAGACCACCUCGUGCUCAGGACGUGGGUGACAGACCUACCUAAGGGAGCGUAUAACCUAAGGGAAGCGUUGGUGUGUACCUCAGUGGACAAUGACGGGGCAGCGUUACUGGGCGUGCGGGCCAAUGUGCUCACCUCACGCUACUUCAUCGAGCCAUGCAGCAGCAACAAGUCUUUCACACACAUCUCCAGGGUCGACUGCAGGGGUCGGUUCCCAGAGUGGUACAAUAAACUGUAUGGACACCUGUGUGCCAGUGAGGUGGUGCGGAUACGCCAGUCCUUCACCACCCAGAUGGAUAAGUGAAGGCCAGGCAGCUCCACUUGACUUGGAGACCAAAGUCACAAGAAGGGGCGACACCCUGGAAACCGAAAGACUCUCUAUCCACCCCCACCUCAGCCCCUAAUUCGCUACAGCCCUGAUGCUGGUUGGGGUUGACUGGGGGAGGACAACCCAUUGACUCAUUGACAUGAUUCAAGCUCUUGACAGACAUACCCUUGUGUCCUGGACAGAGAGACUUUAAACAGACUUUGUGGUCAUCCGUAGACUGUCAUCCACGACCAGGUGGGGUUACUGCCUCCGAGGGGUCCUGCAAGGCCUGGAACGGCCAUUCAGAGUUGUGUUGUGGUUCUUGUGCUAGGUGGUGCGUUGCGGGCGGCACAACCAAAGUAGAUGUGUCUGAAAUGGAAGUAUGGUGUCACUCAUCCAACAAGCAUAAUACCUUUACAGAGAGGAUGUGACAUCACCGUCACAGGAUGUGAUGUCACGGAUUAGUAAAAAGAGAAUCUAUAGGGGAGGGGGGCUUCUGAGAAGAGAGAAGGUUAGUGUGUGUGUGCGUGUGUGCGUGAUGAAUGGUUGAUUAAUUAGACAUAUUUCAUGCACUGGCUCCCAGCUGCAAUAUAGUGUGUAUAUACUACAUCCUGCAUCUGUUCAUGUUGCUUUUUCCUGUUUCCUCUCUCUCUCUGUGUGUGUGUGUGUGUGUGUGUGUGUGUGUGUGUGUGUGUGUGUGUGUGUGUGUGUGUGUGUGUGUGUGUGUGUGUGUGUGUGUGUGUGUGUGUGUGUGUGUGUGUGUGUGUGUGUGUGUGUGUGUGUGUGUCGUGUGUGCGUGUGUGCGUGUACUCGUGCACAAGUGUUUUUAUCCUGUUACAGCAGAGGUAAAGUCCACGACAUUGUUUUCAGGAAGAUACUGUAUUUUUCGACGGACGGAUGGAUAAUAUGGGCUAACAGUUGUGUGAAUGUAUUGAAAAUAUGCAAUAUCUGAGUUUGUAUUGAUAAGUGGGGUAUGGUGAGUUGAUAGUUGGUUAAAUGGCAUUAGGGAAAGCUAGUAUCGAGUGGGUUUAAAGGAUGGAACAGAAGCAAAAUGGUGGCUGGAACACCAAUUGGUUGAGAGGGUUAAAAUCGCCCACCAAAACUAAAAUGGAGACUUAGAUUCUGAUGGACCAAGCUUCAAGAAAGCAGACAGUCACAGAACAUUUUUGAUUGAUUCCACUGCUUAAAAGAGCACCGAGAAUACACAACAAUCAACAGGGCUAGGAUUCCAAAAUGGCCGCCAUUUGUAGGAUAAACGUUGAUGAAAGGAACACUUCAGGUUGUUACUUUUGUAGUACGAUGUACAAGAGCAGUCAAGGUAGACUUCUGCUUCACAGAGAAAAGAAACCUGGGGGGAAAGAAAUAGAAAAGAAGAAAUGAAUAGAAAACAAAGAAAGGAGAAGGUCCUUUUAUAAAGGUGUGGGAUUUUACAGGUUUUACUGUAAAUAGAGGAGGAGAAAGUGCAGGGAAUGUUUGUCUGGUUUAAAGAAGGAAAAAUAAUCUAUAUGUGCAGGUUUAUUUUCUGUCUGUCUGUCUGUCUGUCUGUCUGUCUGUCUGUCUGUCUGUCUGUCUGUCUGUCUGUCUGUCUGUCUGUCUGUCUGUCUGUCUGUCUGUCUGUCUGUCUGUCUGUCUGUCUGUCUGUCUGUCUGUCUGUCUGUGUUACCUUAAAUGAAGUAUAAGACUAAUAGUAACCAAGUACACCUUCAUCCGGGCCGGAUUUGGGCCCCGUGUUAAAACCUAUACGUUCUCUGUUCAGUGUGUGACCCAUUUGCUAAGCGUUGUGUUGUAUUGUUAAACGUUUGUGUACAUUAUUUGUAUGCCAUCAGAUAUGAGUAAAGCAUGACAAUGACAUUUAAUUUAAAAAUAUAUUUAUACCUCAGAUAUGUUUUUUUGUACCAUGUUUAUUUUAUUGUAAAUGUUACGCUUAAGUUACAGAAAUUAGAAAUGUAUUUUAUAUUUUGUAUAAUUAAUAUUAUUUCUGUACAGAUUAAUCACAGUCACGUGCACUAUUAAAUGUAUUAAACAAAGA